AUGUGUGAGGCAGAGGAAGAAACAAUUAUGCAUGUACUCUGGGAAUGCCCAGCAGCUAAUAACUUGUGGGGAAAUGAUGAAAGCUGUGUCAAAAAGUGGGUCAGAUCUGAGUCAAAUUUUAUGUCCCUUUGGGAGAAGCUCAUGGACAGACUCGCUAAGAACCAGUUGGAAGAGAUGACAAUUUUACUGAGAAAAGUGUGGCUAAGGAGAAAUGACUGGAUUUUUGAAAAAAUAAUGGCCUGUCCUAAGAACUCAUUUAGUGCUACAAAGGCAGCUCUACAUGAGUUUCGAGACUCACAAGUGGCUUUAACUCAAAGAGGUGCGGUACAGAAAACAAACACAGAAAUGGUAAGAUGGGAGAAACCAGAAAGGGGAUAUGUAAAGGUUAAUUGGGAUGCAUCUAUGGAUCUGAAGGGGAAGAGAAUGGGAAUAGGGAUUAUGAUAAGGGAUGAACAAGGUGAGACUAUGGUAACAGUGUGUGAUCAAAAGCCUAAUAUGGUCGAAGCAGCAGUAGCAGAAAGCUUAGCACUGAGAAAAGCAGCAGAGAUAUGCUCAGAACUUAACAUUCAAAGGGCCAUUUUUGAAGGGAAUGCAAAGGUAGUGAUUCUUGUUGUGAAUGGCGAUGAGGAUGCUUGUUUCAAUUUUAGUCCUAUAGUGGAAGACAUUAGAUUUUACCUCAGCAACAGACCAAAUUGGUCUAUACAGUUUGUACCUAAAGCCAAUAAUAUGGUAGCACAUAGUUUAGCAAAAAAAGCUAUAGUUAUGGAGGAAGAAAGAGUAUGGAUUGAGGAGGUCCCAGACUUUAUUGUGGGAGUUUUAAAUAGUGACAAAGAUGUAAUCCAGAAAGUUUAA